CUUAGUACUAAACACAAGGGAAGCAGCAGCCACAUGUCCUAUGUGAAUAGUAGAUGGCCAAACAGACCCCCGGUUUUGAAACCUGAUGUUGUCAUCGACUACAUCAAGCACAUGGGCGGGGUUGAUAGAAGUGACCACUUCGUAUCGUCCUACCAGUUCAUGCGGAGGACAAAAAAGUGGUAUCGAAAGAUGUUUUUUUGGUUUUUGGAAGUGGCAAUAAUCAACUCGUAUUUACUGUACAAAGAUGUACAAUCGGCCGCUGGAAACAGAAAAGCCAUGAGCCACUUCAUGUUUAGGAAAAGUUUGGUCCGCAGCUUGGUGCAAGAGAGAAGCACAACAAGACCAAAAGCCAGCAGAAAGAGGGGACGACCAGUACAAGGACCUCCUGAUGAAAGAUUGGAUGGAAGACAGCAUUUCAUCGCGAGGAGAGAAAAAGGGACUGGCAGAUGCGUUGUUUGCACACAGAACGGCCUGCGGAAGGAGACGAUUUACGUCUGCGAGACAUGCACCGCUCGGCCAAACUUGCACCCUGAUGCAUGUUUCAAAACAUACCAUACCAUCCCUUAAGAACAUAGCUAAUUUUGAAAGCUUCUUUUUUCUACAGUAAAUUUAACAAAAAAAAACAAAACUGUCAAUCUUUUAUUUGCUUUCCAUUUUUUUGCUUUCCUUUUUG